AUGUCGUUAUUCGGUUCGAUCAUGGGAGAUUUAGAUGAUGAUCCAUUUUUUGGUGCUCACAUGCGUUCCAUGCGCCAGAUGAAUAACAUGAUGAAUUCACUUUUCGCGGAUCCUUUUGGUAUGAUGGGCGGCUUCGGAAUGGGUGGCCCACCGGCCCUUACAAUGGGUUCUAGACAUAGUAUGGUGCCAUUUGGAUUUCCUCCUAUGCCACAAUUGAAUAUGAACAGAUUGCUAAGUGGUUCUUUAGAUUCUGGCUUGGGGGAACAUGGGUUUAGUAGUAGUAGUGUGAUGUCUAUGAGCAUGACUUCUGGCCCAGACGGACGACCACAGGUCAUACAAAGUUCAUCAAGCACCAGAACUGGUCCUGGAGGUAUUAGGGAAACAAAACGAACUCACAUUGAUUCUAGAAGUGGAACUAAGAAAAUGGCUAUAGGUCAUCAUAUUGGAUCUCGUUCACAUGUGAUUGAACGUGAACAAAAUACUAUUUCUGGAGAUCAGGAAGAAAGACAAGAGUUUAUUAACCUAGAGGAAGAGGAAGCUGAGGAUUUUAAUCGUGAGUUUGAACAGAAAGCUCGUGAGAGUUUCCAUGGACAUUCAAUUGCUCGUAGGCAUUCCGGACUCCCACAAAUUACUUCUGGAAGUAAUGCUACUGGUGCUGGAGGAUGGCGCUCGCGUAUAUCCGCCGGAAGCGCCGGCGGAAACGCACGACGUAGUUUGCGCACGCCGUCGCCGAAUUUGUUGGCGCUGCCCGCUCCAGUAUCAGGACACCAUUCACCUAGGACAAGUACCAGUAUCGCAAGACAUCCGUACGCAGCCACAUCAAGGCGCGCCAUUCGGCAAAUGAAAUCAGUUUCGGGGCACGGAGCCUCUUCAUCAAAUGAUACUCCCAACAACGAAUCGAAUCAAGAAUAAAAUUUCGUAGAAAAUUUGUACCAUGUUUACACGACAUCCUUAAUUUGGUAGUGCUUAUGUAAUUCGGAUAAUCAUCCUUAAUUUGGUAGUGUAUGAAGCUCGGAUAUAGGGAUCAGAAAGAAAUGUUUAUGCUGAUUCAUAAUAUUGAUACAUUAUAUUUUAUACUUCAUGUAAAUGAAGUAUAAAAUGUGAUCAACCAAAGUCUUCAGGAUGUGUAUACAUGGAUGUGCAUUGGAUGGUAUCGAAAAUGGAAUACAUAUUGCUGUUAUGCAAUGCCAAGAAUCAAAUCCGCACUAAUAAUAAGGAAGUGUGAUUUUACGUAUUCCAUCAUCAGUGGUUUUAUUACUGAUUCGUAAAUUAUUACCAAAUUAAAAAUGUCGUGGUGCACGAUGUUUUUCUCAACAAGAUUGUUCAUUAAAAUUAAAAUCUUUUUUUGUAUUAUAGGUAAAUGAAUGUAAGUGCGGAAAUGUGAACUUUCGGAAAUUUUUAGUAAUUGCUAAAU